CUGCUGCCUAAAGUCAACAUAGGCAGCUUUAGUUGUUAACAAAAUGUGGAAUAGUAAAGUAAUGUGGAGCUGCCUGCUGCUGGCGGCGCUAACAAUAGAACUAACAGCUGCUGCUGCUGGUCCAAGCUUUUUGCUUUAUACGCGACGCAAUUGGGAUGAAGCGCAACGUGUUGAGCCUGAGGUGGAGUAUUUGAUGCGUAGUUCCUUCUAUGCCGCCGAGCCCAUAGUCUUGUUGCUGCCACAAUGGCAGGGCAAUGCCACAGCUGAGCGCGAACUGGCUUUGAUUGAAACGCUGCUGCAGCGUGAGGCUUGCAACGUGUUUGCUGUGCAACUUGAAGCUGCCACAAGUGAAGUGCAAAUUGUAGCAGCUGUGCGCGAUUUGCUGCUGCUGCUGCGUCAACAGUUUGAGGUGCCGCUGCAGCGCCAACAGCUCAUUGGCUAUGCCGAGGGUGCGCAUUUGGCUGCAGCAGCCGCUGCGCAAGUGCAGCAAGCGCUGCAUGAGCAAGUGGCACGCAUUACUGCCUUAGAUCCCAGCCAGGAAAACGUUGAGCUACAGCACAAACUCUCGAGCCAGGAUGCGCAGUUUGUUGAGGUCAUACACACCAGCAACAGCUCGGAGCAGCUUGGAGAUGCAGACUUCUAUCCCAAUGGGGGCGAGCUGCAACCUGGUUGCACCACUGCUGUCUGCGCGCAGCAGCGUGCGCUGGAGCUUGCCAUUGAAAUGUGGUCGCCUGGCAAUGAAUUCAUCAUCGCCAAUUGUGGCGCUUUGCAGUCCAUGAGCGCCAGCAACUGUCGCUGGUCUACUCAGCGCAUGGGCGUGACAGCUAAGCAAGGAAUUUACUUCUUGGAAACACACAGCAGUGCGCCAUUUGGCAGAGGCGCCUAUCACAUCGCCUUCUUGUAAAACUUAUGACAAAAGCGUGUGCUGCACAGCGAAAAAAUUUAUAUUAAAAA